CUUAUAUAGUGUUUUCAAAAACUAACAAAAAAUAAUAUUUGUGCAAAGACAAAUGAGUACGUUAAAUAAAAUUACUCGUCAUCGUACUUAUUUCUAGACAGAUAAGGCAAGAGUUUACGCGUGUUUCCUACUUAAGUAUCUCAAGGUGUAACGCCUGACACACAUCAUCACUCAUUGGUAGAAACGUACACGUCACAUUUAUUACAGCAUUUAUCUCGAUCGCUUUUUUCUCCUUAUUUAGCAGAAUAGUAUCGAUUGGCAUGAAAUAAACGGGAGUUAUGUGCAGCAAGGUAUUGCCAUAUUUUGCGUCCGGAGCCGUUACUAAAGGCUUUGGUAGGGGUUCAAAGGCGCUUGGUAUUCCGACAGCUAAUCUUCCGGAAUCUGUCGUCAAUAACUUACCGGAAGAACUCGAUAACGGAGUUUAUUAUGGUUGGGCUUCCAUACAAGGGAAAGUGGUUAAAAUGGUUGCGAGCAUAGGAUGGAAUCCAUAUUUUAAGAAUGAAAAAAAAUCAUUGGAAGUUCAUCUAUUACAUAAGUUCGAAAAUGAUUUUUAUGGUGAGGAACUUAAAGUAAUUAUUGCCGGCUAUAUACGACCAGAAAGAGAUUUUUCUUGUCUAGAUGGUCUCAUUAAAGAAAUAAAAAAUGAUAUUAUAAUUGCAGAACAGCGCUUAGAAGAACCUAUUGUAAACAAACUAAAACAUAACGACUUUUUGAUGAUUAAUAAGACAAAUGAUUAAUAAAAAAAAAUUGCUAUUUUGA